CUUACACUCUUUUGUUGACCCACGCUAUUCACGCGUCUACCACACGCACGCUCAGGCUGUGGCCUUAAUAAUAACACUAUCCUUUCUCCUUGCCAGUGCGUGCGCUGUUCCACAGUUCGUUUCCUUCCACCUUCUCUCCAUGCCUUACACCAAUCGUGAUGGACGACGCGUAAACCUGCAGUCUAAACGACGGAAACUCGUGGCACAACACUCACAAAAUGUCACCUCGUACAACGAUCUUCAUACGACUGCCUUGGGACAUCUGCAAUCCAGACCUAUAGCGUGUUGCUCCUGCCAUCGGUCAUCUCUUCAGACUUCGACUACAUAUAUAUUUUGCCCCAGCAGAUGUGAACAAUAUACAUGUCUUGUAUGCUCUAGAACCUGCGAAGGAUGGUCUUCCAGCUCCGAGCAUCUAGAGCCGUUACACUCACAGCGCUCUGAUGCAACAACGGUGCCUACGAGACUUCCACUCAGCUUAACUGCAGUCAAUGGCGCCGAACAAACAUCCGCCAUUCCAAAACCUAGCCGGAGACGUCCACGCGACGAUGAUCAUGACAACCUUGCCUCAGGUGACAUUUCACCAACAAGUUGUACGCUGCCAGGUUGUGGUAGGAAGCUCUGUCGCAAUUGCUGCGUCGAAGAUGUUGUGACCCACCUCAGUAUCUGUCACAAUUGUUAUUCACAUGUGAAGUUCAUCGUUGAGGAAGGUCCCAGCAAAUUGCCUAUGGAAGAAGACAUCCUUGAAUAGUGCAACGGUCUCGCCUACUCAUUAUCCCUCACACCACACGCCAUUGUCACGGUGUUCUAUAUUUUAAUGACAUAUCGACCUUGUUGUUUUACUGCUUCGCAAUCUGUUGUCUCGGGAGCCCUUUGCCUCGACAACAAGUCACUUGUCACCUACUCAAAACGUCCAGGAGACAGGUCAAGUUCUCAAAUAACUGAGCUAUCGCAGGAAUGUUGCUUGAAUAGCACUGGUUACUGUCGGUUAAUAAAGUACCUAUGCUUAGUGUACUAGGCCAACCUUGAUCGGUAUAUCUUGCAUGAGCUUUGAUAUUCAUCUUAUAUUACAGGAACCAUUUGAACCGCAUUCGUUUGGUUACUCUUGCAAUAAUCAAGCGUAUCUAAACGCAUGCUCCG